AACAACAACAACAACAACAACAACAACAACAACAACAACAACAACAACAACAACAACAACAACAACAACAACAACAACAACAACAACAACAACAACAACAACAACAACAACAACAACAACAACAACAACAACAACAACAACAACAACAACAACAACAACAACAACAACAACAACAACAACAACAACAACAACAACAACAACAACAACAACAACAACAACAACAACAACAACAACAACAACAACAACAACAACAACAACAACAACAACAACAACAACAACAACAACAACAACAACAACAACAACAACAACAACAACAACAACAACAACAACAACAACAACAACAACAACAACAACAACAACAACAACAACAACAACAACAACAACAACAACAACAACAACAACAACAACAACAACAACAACAACAACAACAACAACAACAACAACAACAACAACAACAACAACAACAACAACAACAACAACAACAACAACAACAACAACAACAACAACAACAACAACAACAACAACAACAACAACAACAACAACAACAACAACAACAACAACAACAACAACAACAACAACAACAACAACAACAACAACAACAACAACAACAACAACAACAACAACAACAACAACAACAACAACAACAACAACAACAACAACAACAACAACAACAACAACAACAACAACAACAACAACAACAACAACAACAACAACAACAACAACAACAACAACAACAACAACAACAACAACAACAACAACAACAACAACAACAACAACAACAACAACAACAACAACAACAACAACAACAACAACAACAACAACAACAACAACAACAACAACAACAACAACAACAACAACAACAACAACAACAACAACAACAACAACAACAACAACAACAACAACAACAACAACAACAACAACAACAACAACAACAACAACAACAACAACAACAACAACAACAACAACAACAACAACAACAACAACAACAACAACAACAACAACAACAACAACAACAACAACAACAACAACAACAACAACAACAACAACAACAACAACAACAACAACAACAACAACAACAACAACAACAACAACAACAACAACAACAACAACAACAACAACAACAACAACAACAACAACAACAACAACAACAAGAACAACAACAACAACAACAACAACAACAACAACAACAACAACAACAAGAACAACAACAACAACAACAACAACAACAACAACAACAACAACAACAACAACAACAACAACAACAACAACAACAAGAACAACAACAACAACAACAACAACAACAACAACAACAACAACAACAACAACAACAACAACAACAACAACAACAACAACAACAACAACAACAACAACAACAACAACAACAACAACAACAACAACAACAACAACAACAACAACAACAACAACAACAACAACAACAACAACAACAACAACAACAACAACAACAACAACAACAACAACAACAACAACAACAACAACAACAACAACAACAACAACAACAACAACAACAACAACAACAACAACAACAACAACAACAACAAC